AUAGAAUCUAAGAAGAGGCUUGAAACAGAUUGCAAUGGCCUGAGUUUUGGGAGCAUUUAACCUUAAUCCGUUCACAUUUGCUCAGACACUGAUUCCAUCAAGAUCUUCUUGAAUCCUGGCAACUAAUACCAACAAAGCAGGGAGAGAAAAGGAUAUAGGUAGAUUUGAGAAUUGUCGGCAUAAAUGUGAUGGGAACAAUGGGGAAUUGAAUGAUGUAGGUCAUUAAUGUAGGAACUGAAAAGGAGAAGAGAUACGCUUGAUCCAUGGGCAAGUCGGGAGGAUAAAGAAAGGUAGGCAGAUAGCGGUUGAUUGGGAACGGCAACUGCUUGGGUUCGUUGUGAGAGAAAAGAUUGGAACUAUUGGAGAAGGAUUACACGUAUACCACAUGACUAUUAAUGCCGACAUGGAUAAGAAUUUUUUUUAUCCUUUAUUCAUUUAUCAAAUUCUUUCAAAAGUUAUAUUUAGCCUUUUUUUUUAUAACUCCUAACAUUGACAGUUAAUUAUUUAAAAUAAAUCAAAUUAAAGGUACUUUAGAAAAAGACAUUUGGCAUUUAAGCCUUUAAAGUGACAUCAAUGGGGAUAAGACCUAGCUGAUAUUAAAGACCACUUAAUAAUAAACUGAUAUACUUAGUUUAAUCAAAAUCGUCGGAGCCACUUUUGAAAAAAUCAUAAAAAUAUGUAACAUUGUUCAUAAAAAGCACCACUUCCGGUUGGCCAAUUUUGACGAAAAUGUUUCUGUGACAUCGCAGGAAAAAAAAACCUUAAAUAAGCAAAUUUCAGUUUCGUACGCCUUUUCGUUUUUUAGCUAGGCUGACCACACACACACCAUUUUGCGAGACUUGGUUAUUUCGACUCAGAGGACCUCACAAUGUGUAUUUCCAUUGAAAACUCAGAUUUGAAAAUUUUCACGAUCGCAAUACUAACCUUACUAUAUAUUACAUAAAUAGGUAAGUGAAAGUAAAAAAUUAGUAAGCUAUUUACCUUCCUACAUAGUAUAUAGAAUAUUUGUAUAUACUUCUAAAUCCGUUGUGUUUUGGUUUACGGUAGAUGUGCUUUCCAGCCUUGGCUUUUUUAGCAGUUGCUGCAUCCACCUGUCUUCCAGCGCUUGCUGAAAAGGCUACCACUUGCCCGUGCGGAUGGAUUAAUCAGCCAACAACUAAUGUCAUUGGAGGUGAUGACGUUAAUGCCCAGUAUCCUUUUAUGGCUACAGUUUACAGAAAGAUUAGUUGGAAGAAGGAACCUAUCUGUGGGGCCACCAUCAUCACUUCUUCAAAAGUGAUUACUGCAGCACACUGUGUAGAUGAAACCUCCGACUAUUUUGUGCUGGUUGGAGUUACAGAUUUAUCCCAAGCAGGCCCAUCAGAUUUUAUUCCUGUCUCAGACAUAGAAAGAUAUGGAUUUGAUAAAAAGACAAAUCGUAACGAUAUUGCAAUUCUUACCCUCAUCACAACACUACAUUUUGAGGACAGAAAAGUUGGUCCAGUUUGUCUACCUAAUUAUGGAUUGGGAAAAGAAGUACUGCCGAAUACUGUUCGAAUCUUAGGAUGGGCAAAAGCUGCGCAUAAACUUUCCGGGAAACUACAAAGAGUGGAUUCACAUGUGGUAAAUAUAAAGGAAUGCAUGAAGGAAUAUCCACAUAUCAAUGAAGAAAAACAGUUCUGCACGUAUGAUGAAGGAAAAGGACCUAUCAAGGGAGAUUCAGGUGGACCAGCUCUGUGGUGGGAUUCAGAGAUAAUGGGCUAUACACUGCUUGGAAUAGUCUCAAUGGGACCAGAACAAGAAAGUACAAUGCCAAUCGUACAUACACUCGUUCCAUUUACUAAAUACUUGGAAUUUAUAAAUGUCCAGACAGAAGGACAAAUUUGCACUAAAUUUUAG